UGUGAUUUUUAUUAUCCGACUCUGUUGGCUGAUUCUUAUUUCUUUCUGCAUUAGAGACUGAUAUAAUCUUGAAAAGUCUAAGAGGGUGAAGGCAUUUAAUUUUGGGGAGUAUGAUUAAUGUAUUGAGAAAGCAAAGGCCUUCACAGCAAGUUCUAAUAAGAAAGCAAUGAAAAAUGUUCAAAGGGAAGAUGUGAUUCUUCAUGCUUUUGAGAGUGAGAGUGCAUGGCUAGGGAAGAAGGAUCAUCCAGAUUAUUUCUGUAAAAGAGACACUUUGAGUGGUGAGGAUAAUGGUUCUGCCCGAGAAUCACCUAGCAUGUCACAUUCUGGAAAAGAAAAAGAGGAUAUGAGUGACAAAGGGAGUGAAUCUAAAAUGAUUCAGAUUCUGCCCCUGGUUUUAGCACUAUCUAGUGCAUCUUUUGAAGAGCUUAAUCACUUAGAUGCUUCAAGGACGCAAGUUGUACAGGGAAAGAGGAGAAGAACCCUGAAUGACUCAGAGGAUGAUGGAACUGGAGGAACCAAGCGAAUGAGAGGACACGAGGAGCUGGGCAUGGGUGUGGUGUCAAAAACAAAGGUCCAGGCUGAGGCAGUGCUGGAGCAUGUUCAACGAGUUAAUGCUUCAACGUAUGAUUCAAACACGGGCAACUGCAUGCCUAAUGUAAAUGCCAUGAAUUGUAGCAGGGGUUGCUCCUCAUCAUUGAAAAAGAGAGAGAUCUUGAGUGGCAAAUGCUGAUGAAUAUUUGAAGAGGAAAAAUUGUCAUCGACCAUUGACAAAGGCGUUGGAGAGUACCUCUAUGGUGUCUGUUCCAGUCAUUUGUAUCGCACUUCCAAGCUCGAAGGGGACAUUCUGGCAGCAAGGUUUCUGGAAUAGAUUGCAGUGAAUAACAGUAAUAACUGAGAGUCUCAGACAUCUGAGGAGCAUCAUUUUCUUUGAUUGUUUGCUGAAUGAAACUUUAAAAAGCCUUUACUGAACGAGUUGACGUACCAUAGAUUGCUGAACUGAAGUCCAAUACUUAGCAGCGUUCCAUCCCCUUCCAAAUCCAGAGAGAAUGCAUUGUUCUGAGUUAAAGACUUGUGCUGGCUACUAGGGGAAUCAUGGUGCU